GUCGAACCAGCAACGGGUGGUACCGGCGAGAAGAAGUUAAAGGUAGUCUCGCGCAAGACGUGCUUACGGCUUGAAGAGACCGGGGUGCGAUAGUUUGACUUCUGGUUACCGAGGACAAGAAUAGAAGAACCGGCUCUAAAUAGGGCUUGAGCGGUGAAUUUCGUGUUUUAUUAUUUUUUUUAAUUUGGUUCGUCUAGUCGUGGAAUUACGUGUUUAACUAUUAUUUUUUUCUUAAGGGAUCAUUUUAAUAUAUUUGAGGCCCGAUCGACCGAAUCGAACCCACCAUUAUUAUUAUUAUUCCGCUCCUUCACCUAGAGCCGCGGGCCAGACGGACCAAUAGGACCACGAAGUUUCUUCACCUAUCUGAACCUGAAAGAUCAAUUUAACGAGAUAAGUGAAGAAAACCGAUGAUAAGCGGCGGAUAAUGAUGAUACCGCAGCGUUUAGCUGAUGAGCUAAACGAGACCCGAGCGAGAUGAUGAUGACCUAUGGAUAAUGCUCUUGGCCUAGUUAGAAAAUAGAUGGAAAUGAAGCUUCACUCCAUCCUCAACGUGCUGCUAUGGGCGGCUUUAGCAUCAGUAUCGUCUGCACAAUGUCCGUGGCAACGCGAAGUACCAGAACUCCAGUCCUCAUGUAUCUGCUCCUACAACUUAGGCCGCGAACUCUCCGUACAAUGCGACAUGGUCAACUGGCCAAAACUAUUAUCAGCCCUUAACAAAUACGCGACACAAACCCUUUUGGAUUUGCUGUACGUCAACAACUCGACAGUGAGAGUCCUACAGGACGGCAUAAUUUCAAAUUUAAAAAUCCACAAUAUCCAACUAUCCGGUUGUAAAAUACGGACAAUCGAAAGUGCCGCGUUCAGUGGUCAAGAACAAUAUUUAAAAAACUUAAAUUUACAAGAUAACGAGUUAAGUGCCGUGCCAGUGGAUAGUUUAAGUACUUUGCAGAAUUUACAGUUGCUCGAUUUAUCUCAUAACCGAAUCACUAAUGUACCUGAUGGUGCUUUUGAAAAUCUGCUCAAGCUCUCCACCUUGAAGUUAUCUGAUAACAAUGUUACCCUGGAAGAUGGUGCAUUAAGGAGCCUGGAAAAAAGCUUGAAAAACCUUAACCUUAAAGGUACAAGGCAAACGAGGGUGCCCAAGGCCAUUCAAGGGAUGAAAACGCUUGCUUUCCUUGAUUUAUCUCAAAAUAGUUUAAGAGAACUUCCAGGGCCAGACGGGAAUAAUACUUUUGCAGGCCUCAAUGCUUUGACUGCCCUCAACCUAGAGCGAAACCUUUUACAGGAGUUGAAAUCUGAUACUUUUGAGGGGGUGACUGAAACCUUAAGCUCUUUAAGCUUGCUCAAUAAUCUUUUACCUGAUUUCCCUACUGAGGCCAUUAGUUCAUUAAAGGAACUCCGCGUUUUAGACAUUGGAUUUAAUUUAUUAACAGAAUUACCUGAUAAUGCUUUUAAGGGAAACCCUAGCAUCACUUUGCUUGCUCUCGAUGGGAAUCCAUUGACCACCAUCCCCUUGGAGUCUUUGGCUCAUUUAAAUACCACCUUAAGAGGACUGAGCUUGGGUGGACGAUUCUUGCACUGCGAUUGUAGGCUAUCAUGGAUCAUUGACUGGAUUAAAAAUAAUGACUUACAGGUGACCUCCAGAGAAAGAAACCCACAGUUCUGUGGCAGCCCUCCAAAAUUCCGAGACAGGAACUUCUACAGCAUACAACUGGAAGAGCUGUCAUGCCCCAAGAAAGAAACUCCUGAAAUACAAGAACCCAAACCUAAACAACCCAUCGGGAUUGCUACUGUAGUAAGCGCAGACUUAGAUGACUUAAUAAUGCCUCAGCAGCCACCCUCUUCAACCACCACAACGACGACCACAACCACCACAACGACCAGAAGCACCAGUAAAGAACCAAGUACAAGUAAAUCAACCGUUUCGACCACGAUAACGUCAUCGACUUCCAAGGCUACCACAGCAACUACAGCCACUACAGCAACCACAUCAAAAUCGACCACUACCACGACCACGAAACCAAAAACCAAGGCCACUCCAGCAUGGAAGGUCAGUCAGAAGCCGCCAUUGGUGAUGGCCGGGUUUCCUUCGCGUACCAAAAGUGAUGACAGUAGGGAAGUUAUCGUGAAAAAUGCCUUUAGGCAAGACAGCUCGGUGAUUAUUCAAUGGGGGUCUGAGACGGCGAAUAUUUUGGGAUUCAGGGUGGUUUAUAGGCUGUUCGGUGAUAAGACUUUCAAGCAGGGACCCCCGUUGGAGGCUAGCGAGAGGGAGUUUAAGAUCAAGAAUGUACCUUCACAGGAAUGCAUCAUAGUAUGCGUCGUGUCCCUAGAAGAACUCAACGUGACUCCCGAAAACGUCCCUUACACCCAAUGCCGAGAAGUAAGAACGGUAUCAUCCGCUUCAUCCAACAUGGACAAGAUCACUAUUGCCGCCAGCGCUGCUAUUUGUGGAACCAUUGUGGUAGCUGUGAUAGUUUUUAUAGCUGCAUCACGACGCAGGUCCCGAAAACUGCACGAGCUCCACCAGCAAAAGAUAAACGGAAUUAAACAUGGUAUUCCUAUUGCUGGCUUACCAGUUAACUGUUGUACCUUACCGCAGAGCCCGAUAGAACCGUUAACGUCUUUGGCAACAUUGAGUGCUUACAAUAAUAGCAAGGACUGGGAUCAAGUGUCAGCCUACAGCGCACACAGCCAAAGACCCCGGAUGUAUACAGUGGAACAGCCUCCGUCUCUAGACGAGUUAAGGUCUCAUUUUAGUGGGAAAAGUGCCAAAGCUCGCUCAAUUGCGGAUGGACAAUCACAAAACAGUUUCUCGAAUCAUUCAGGAAGAUACUUGACGGCAAACGCUUUUCCCAAUAAUUUAUUGGCUUCGAGACAAGAUUUGAGACAGUCUCGUCAGUCGUUGGCAAUGCAACAACCGGACCGCAUGUCCACCAGGAUGCCUCCUCAUCAUGGACCCGCCCAUUCCGUAGCAUCAUCCACGCGUCGGUCCAGACCCAGAUCCCGAUCACGUGACCAUCACAGACCCAGCAGUAGAUACAGCACAGCAGGAUCCACUCACACUUUAAAUAAUUACGGUGAUAAUUCCGAUAAUUGGACCGAUCACGACAUGGACAUUUAUAUGGCAAGGAAUCCUACCACGAGAAACGGACUGGUGCCUUUGUGAAACGCAAGAAAGGAAGUUUAUUAUUAGAUGAUUGAUAUAGUAGGAAGCAAAUAUUAAUGUUUAAUUGCUCAACUAAUCUUUUAUAAUUGACUCCAAACUUGAAGCUGUCAAUUUUGUUUGUAUAUACUAAGUUUAGAAUUUAGUUUUGUAACAGUAUUGUUAGGAAGUGCUAGAAAGGUAAUCAAAAAAAGUUAGGUGUAAUUACAAUAUUUAAGUUUACCUAUAAUAGUAGUGGUAGGAGAAAUUUCUAUAGUGUGAGAAUGUAUGAGCGGGUGCUUUAGUUAUUUCUAAUGCUUUUAGGACAGUUUGGAUAUGAUGAAGUUAGAAUACGGUUUGUAGAUAUACAAUAAUUAAAGAGAUAUUUAUACGAAGAAAAA